GACACACACAAAGCCGUAGCAGCUAAUAGGAUGGAGUCGGGGUGGGUCUUGUGUGCUGUUGUAUUUUCGUUGACCUGCAUGGGAAAAGGUGGCCAUUCACAGGCAAAUGUGUGUGGCAUUGCUUCUCUCAACACAAAGAUUGUCGGGGGUCAGGAUGCAGCUGCAGGUAGCUGGCCAUGGCAGGUCAGUCUGCACAACUCCAACAGCCAUUUUUGUGGAGGCUCCCUUAUCAACAAAGAGUGGGUGCUGACUGCCGCUCACUGCUUCCCCAGCACCAGCACGUCCGGCCUGCUUGUCUACCUGGGCCGGCAGAAUCAGCAAAGCAUCAACUCCAACGAGGUAUCCCAAACGGUCUCUCAGAUAAUCUGCAACCCGAACUACAACAGUGCAACCAGCGACAAUGACAUAUGUUUGCUGAAGCUCUCAUCACCCGUCACCUUCACUGACUACAUCCAACCGGUCUGCCUGGCAGCAGUGGGCAGCACCUACUACGAUGGCACUAAUAGCUGGGUCACCGGAUGGGGCGAUAUCAAUAGUGAUGUGCCCCUUCCCUCACCCGGGACCCUACAGGAGGUGACUGUGCCAGUAGUGGGGAACAGGGAGUGUAGCUGUCUCUAUGCUGGAUUUACUUCAAUCACAAACAACAUGAUCUGUGCUGGUCUACUGAGUGGAGGAAAAGAUUCCUGUCAGGGAGACUCCGGGGGGCCAAUGGUGAGCAAACAGGGUCUGGUCUGGAUCCAGUCUGGGGUUGUGAGUUUUGGACAAGGCUGUGCCGUAGCAAAUUUCCCAGGAGUGUACACCAGAGUGUCCCAGUACCAGACCUGGAUCAACAGCCAGAUCAGCACUGACAUGCCAGGCUUCGUCACCUUCUCCUCCAGUGGGACUGACUCUGAUCUCAAUGUCACCUGUAAUGCACUGUCCAGUGGGGCCACACUCUUCUCCCUCUCUCCUAUUCUCAUCUCUCUCUCUCUUCUAAUAGAGCACACACUAAAAAUACAGGACACACACAAAGCCGUAGCAGCUAAUAGGAUGGAGUCGGGGUGGGUAUUGUGUGCUGUUGUAUUUUCGUUGACCUGCAUGGGAAAAGGUGGCCAUUCACAGGCAAAUGUGUGUGGCAUUGCUUCUCUCAACACAAAGAUUGUUGGGGGUCAGGCUGCAGCUGCAGGUAGCUGGCCAUGGCAGGCCAGUCUGCACCGCUCCAACCGCCAUUUUUGUGGAGGCUCCCUUAUCAACAAAGAGUGGGUGCUGACUGCCGCUCACUGCUUCCCCAGUACCAGCACGUCCGGCCUGCUUGUCUACCUGGGCCGGCAGAAUCAGCAAAGCAUCAACUCCAACGAGGUAUCCCAAACGGUCUCUCAGAUAAUCUGCAACCCGAACUACAACAGUGCAACCAGCGACAAUGACAUAUGUUUGCUGAAGCUCUCAUCACCUGUCACCUUCACUGACUACAUCCAGCCGGUCUGCCUGGCAGCAGUGGGCAGCACCUACUACACUGGCACUACUGGCUGGGUCACCGGAUGGGGCGAUAUCAAUAGUGGUGUGCCCCUUCCCUCACCCGGGACCCUACGGGAGGUGACUGUGCCAGUAGUGGGGAACAGGAAGUGUAACUGUCUCUAUACUGGAUUGGGUUCAAUCACAAACAACAUGUUCUGUGCUGGUCUACUGAGUGGAGGAAAGGAUUCCUGUCAGGGAGACUCCGGAGGGCCAAUUGUGAGCAAACAGGGUCUGGUCUGGAUCCAGUCUGGGGUUGUUAGUUUUGGAAAAGGCUGUGCCGAAGCAAAUUUCCCAGGAGUGUACACCAGAGUGUCCCAGUACCAGACCUGGAUCAACAGCCAGAUCAGCACUGACAUGCCAGGCUUCGUCACCUUCUCCUCCAGUGGGACUGACUCUGAUCUCAAUGUCACAUGUAAUGCACUGUCCAGUGGGGCCUCACUCUUCUCCCUCUCUCCUUUUCUUGUCUUUCUCUAUCUAUUCCAAUAGAGGACACACUAAAAGUGGAUGCUUAACUUUACUCACUGUAUGUGAAAAGUACUGGGAUAGUAUGUUUAUACACCGAACAAUAAGUGAUGGGUUUAAUUGAAUAUGAAUCUACUGUAUCUAGUAAUAUUUGUUGAUUGUGAUGUAAGUCAUUAAGUUGGACAGCAAAUGUCAUUGUGCUAUGGGAUUACAUUUGGUUGUUUAUCAGAGCUCAGUUUAUGAUUGUUGUUUGCAGUAAUGCUUAGCUAUCACACUCAAUGAAUACAACUUGUUUUUCUCCAUUUAAUCAUGAAGUUAUGUAUAUUUGUCCAUCUUGAGUGUACUGUAUCUGCAAAUAAAUACACUGUUUACAGUGAACUACAGCUAUU